UCUUCCCUCCAAACAGCAGUCGUGAUUUCAACGACGCAGCCAACUGUAGACGCCUCUGUGGUGUCGUCUUCAUCCACUUCCCCACGAACAGCGCCGAAGUUAGUCUUAUCAGCCGAGCCCGCAGUUGCAUCUUCUUCCACAUCCAGCACGAACAAUAUGCCUACCGCGUUGACCACUGCUGCUGCUGCUGCUGCACUCUCAAUCAUAUUUGCUGUUGUAUCUGCCACGUCACCGAGCGACAUCGACCAGUAUCUGUCCGACCAGAAUACCGUUCGUGCCCAGCAUGGCGCUGUAGCCUUGACUUGGAACGACACGCUUGCCACCGCAGCGCAGGAAUGGGCUAACGGCUGCGUGUUCGAGCACUCUGGCGGCAAGUUGGGACCUUACGGGGAGAACCUCGCUGCUGGUACGGGCAGUAGUUAUGGAAUUGCAGCGGCCAUUAAGUCUUGGACCGACGAGGCUUCUCAAUACAACCCUAGUGACCCAGUUGCGUCGCAUUUUACUCAGGUUGUAUGGAAAGCAACCAAGCAGGUCGGCUGUGGUAUGCAAGAGUGUAACGGGAUAUUCCCUGCUAGCUAUGGGCCUGCCAAGUACUACGUCUGCGAGUACUUUCCACAAGGAAACGUGGAAGGAGAGUUUAGCGAGAACGUGCAAGCGUGAGACUGAGGAGUUGAGGGGUAUUCGUUCUUGAAUCUUCGACUUGCAACUAUGAUACAGUGGGCUUGUUUGAGCAAUUGUCAGCUGUACCUUGUGCAUCAGGAAAAUCCAAAUAUUGCUUUUUAG